CGCAGGCGCCUGUGAGCAGGUGCAAGAUGGCGGAAGGCGGUGGCGCCGAUCCGGGGGAACAGGAGAGGUCUUCUGGGCCGCGGCCCCCGAGCGCGCGGGAUCUGCAGUUGGCCUUGGCGGAAUUAUAUGAAGAUGAAGUGAAAUGCAAAUCUUCCAAAUCUGAUAGACCUAACGCUGCAGUCUUUAAAAGCCCACGAACACCACCUCAGAGGUUCUAUUCAAGUGAACGUGAAUACAGUGGAUUACAUAUAGUUCAACCUUCAACUGGGAAGAUUGUGAGUGAACUUUUCAAAGAGGCAAGAGAACACGGGGCUGUCCCUCUGAAUGAAGCCACAAGAGCUUCAGGUGAUAACAAAUCUAAGUCAUUUACAGGUGGAGGAUAUAGAUUGGGCAAUUCCUUUUGUAAGCGGUCUGAAUACAUCUAUGGAGAAAACCAACUGCAAGAUGUUCAGAUUUUGCUUAAACUGUGGAGCAAUGGUUUCAGUUUAGAUGAUGGAGAACUGAGACCUUAUCACGACCCACCAAAUGCUCAAUUUCUGGAGUCUGUUAAAAAAGGAGAGAUUCCCCUGGAGCUUCAGCGUCUGGUUCACGGUGGCCACGUGAAUUUGGAUAUGGAGGACCGUCGGGAUCAAGAAUACAUAAAACCUAGACUGAGGUUCAAGGCUUUCAGUGGAGAAGGACAAAAACUUGGAAGCCUUACACCUGAAAUAGUCAGUACCCCUUCGUCUCCUGAAGAGGAGGAUAAGUCCAUACUUAACGCCGUUGUUCUCAUUGAUGAUUCAGUGCCAACGACAAAAAUUCAGAUCAGAUUAGCAGAUGGGAGUCGUUUGAUACAAAGAUUCAAUAGUACACACAGGAUCCUGGAUGUCCGGGACUUUAUUAUACAGUCCCGUCCUGAAUUUGCAACUCUUGACUUUAUUCUUGUGACUUCAUUUCCAAACAAAGAGCUAACAGAUGAAAGCCUGACACUACAAGAAGCAGAUAUUCUUAACACUGUGAUACUCCAGCAGCUAAAAUAACAUUGCUCCUACCCAUGCAAUAGCAUGUAGGAAAGAUAAUGUGCCAUAAUAAUAAGGAAAAUGCGUAUAGCAUUAAGAAAACAAACUAUUUUUAUUAUUUAUACAGAUAAAUUUUGGGUUUAUUCUCAUUCUGUCUUCCAGCCUUAGAAUAGAUGAAUUUGGACGAGGAAUAGAUUUUGAGAGAAAUAUGUUUGAGGUUUUCGUUGCAGGGCUGGCUUAUGUUGAUAGCCUGUAAAUGUCCAGGCAAACCAAUUUGUUACAUGCUCUGUAUUAAUGUAACAACAUUUGUUUGCAGAGAAAAUGAACAAAAUCCCAUUUUGAUAAAUGCGUUUGGUAAAAUUUGCACUAAAGUUGCUGCAUUGAGCAACAGCCAUCAAGAAAUCUUGUGAUCAAAUAGUUUGAAAUUUUUUCUGUGUCAUGUACUGAAAAGUAUCUGUGUUCUGAUUUUGAAAUACGUUGAUCGUAUAAUUAUUCCUCCUAUUAAGAUUGUACGCAUCCUUUUUACUGAUUUAGCUAUAUUACUGUGUCAAAAAAUACAGUUUGGCCUUGUAUUUUACAGAACUUUGACCAUCAUAAACCAGAAGCAAAGACAUAAAGGCCAGCAGUUCUUGAGAAGAUCUGUUAAACAGCACUUUAGAGUAAUUACAAUCCCUCCCAGAGCCUGUCUUGAUCGCAUUCAUUUAUUUAUUCAACACAUUUUUCUAGGGGACCCACUAUAUAUACUGAACACUGUUCUAAGUGUUCAACCCAGAAUGUAUUCUACUCCAGGGCACAACGAGUGUACAAAUUCAGAAAUGUAAAUUCCGUCAGCCAGACUGGAUCUAAAGAACUACCAGCAUAAAUAUUUGCAUUUCUGCCAAAGCCAGCUACUUCCCGAAUGAGGUAGGCUACAUCAGGAAUGAUAGAAAAGCUUUUUCUUCUUCCCAGAUACCAUUUCAUCUUUGGUCACCACUCCUGGUUCGUUUUCUGUGGCUGCUGUAACAAAUGACUACAGACUUAGUGGCUUCCAAGAGCACAGAUUUAUGAUCUUGUAAUUCUGUAGGUUGGAUGUCCACCAUGGGUCUCACUGGCUAAAAUAAGGCAUUGACAAGGCUGUGUUCCUUUUGAGAGGCUCUAAAGGAGAACCUUCUCCUUAUGUUUAUCAGGUUCUAGAGGCCACCUGCCUUCCUUGGCCUAUGGCCCCCUUUUUACAUCUUGAGAGCCAGGAAUACUGCCUCUCUGACCCUUCUCUGUUGUUAAUUACACCUCGUUAACAACAACCGGGAAGGGUUCUCUGCUUUUAAGGACUCAUGUGAUUGGAUUGGGCCCACCAGAUAAUUCUGGAUUAUCUCCCCCCUUACAAGGUCUGUGGUAACCUUAGCCGCAUCUUUAAAAAGUCCCUUUUCCCACACGAAGUGGCACAUCACAGCUUCCCUCUGGAGGCUCCAGGGGCGAGUCUGUUCUCUGCCUCUCCCGAGGCUGCUGGCAUCCCUCACUCUGGCUGUGUCCCGCCAAUGCCUGCUUCUGUCCUUCGUCCUUUACUACCGACUUUAUUUCUCCUCUUUUCCUCUUACAAGGACCCUUGUGACUACCUUUGGCUUACCUAGCAUAAUUACCAGAAAAGUCUCAUCUCGAGUUGCUUAACUUAACCACAUCUGCAAAAAUCCUUUUCCCACGUAAGGUAACACAUUUAUGGGUACGGUGAUGGGAACAGGGACGUUUUGGGGGCCGUCCUGACUACCACAGCCCACUCCUGCUUCAAGGAUCCAUAUGCAUCCCACAGAAGGUCACCCCAUCCAAAGAUGCUGGAAAGUGUCAGCCCAUUCCAGCAUCGACUUAGACUGCAAAGUCUUACCUGGAUCCCACCGGUUCAGAAGUCCCACGCCUCCUUUAAAAUCCUCUAAAUCAAGUGUGAGUGAGGGUCUGGGCAUGAUUCCUGGGACACAGUCCUCUCCACCUAUGCACCUGUGAACCUAGAAAAACAGUUAUCUGCUCCCAAAUAGAAUGGUGGGACAGGCAGACAAUAGGGUUUAUAGGCAUCAUUCCUGUUCAGGCAAAUGAGAAAAAGAGCCACCCAUGCCAAGCAAUUUAGAAAUGAGCCAUGCGCACGCCAUUAGGUCUCAAAUUCCGGGUACAGCCUUCUGUGGCCCACAGUACCAUCUAGGCUCGUGGUGUCCUCCCAGAGCCGUCUUUCCUUUCUUGUGAAAGGUGGCACCUGAGCAGGUUUAUCGGCUUGUUUCUCACCUGUGGAAUUGUGGGAAGUCUGACCGUCUUUCACUUCGUACCAUCUCCAUCCAUUCCAACGUAAGUGAGCAGUAGCUGCCCGUAUAACAUCCGAAGAAACUUGGGGAUCUUGCGUGCGUGUUACAAGGGUUCGGUCCAGUAGACCAGAGGCCCCUGCACAGAGCAUUCCUAGCUGAUCGCGUCUCCCUUUGUGGCUUUUUCUGAGAAGGCCAAGAGGACCGAUGGGUCACACCCUUAAUCUCUUCAAAGAACCUAUAGUGUGACAAAAAAAAUUCAGGCCUUCCUCAGGUAUUCGCAAAAGGUUCCAUAGCUGCACCCUCCUCUCUUUCCCCUGAGCCGGCUUUCCCGACAGGGAAUCUCCUGAGGCCCUUUGUCAUUUCGGUAGACUGAGAAUCUGCAAGUCAUUUUUGAGUCCUGUUUUCUUUAACAGGUAUGUCCUCAAUUUAUCCGGCUCCUCUCACCUCUUACUGUAACUGGCGAGAAGAAAGCAGGCCGCAUCUGGCCCACUCUGCUUGGAAAUCUCUUCAACCAAACAAAUGUCUUCGGUGUAUCCCUUACAACCAAUGCUUUCCACACAGCUGCUGACCCCAUGUUGCUAAGCUUUUUGCCACUCUGGAACCAGAACCUUUUCCUUCGGUUUCCAAUAGCACGUUCCUCAUCUCCUAGGAGCCCUCAUUGGCAGCACCUUUAAUGCCCUUAUUUCCUCUAACAGUCUGUUUAUGACGGUUUACGUAAUCUCCAUGGCAGUUUAGGUGUUCUCUACCCUGCCCUUUACCUCCUUCGUGCCCUCAUGAGCGUUAACAUGCGUAGAUCCGCUCGCUAACGGCACUCGGGGCCAUCUUGCCUCUUUCUGUCAUGCUCCUGAAAGCUCUUCCAGCCUCUAUCCACUGCCCGAUUGCAAAGCUCCGUCCUCAUUUCUAGGUAUUUGUUCCAGCGGCGCCCCAUUUCCAGGUGUCUGGGAAAGCACUAUGCCUACUCACUGCCACGUGACGUGAAUGCGCCAAUAGGAGACCUGGGAUCCACCUGCCUCGGGUGCUCUGGUCGUUUUCAAGGAGGUGAACUGACCCGUGGCAGAGGGCUUCCCCCUGGCAGGGCUGGCGGAAGUUCCAUGGAUGGAAGUGUUAUCUCACCUCCACAGAGAAGCUUGUUCUCAGUGUCACGAUGCAGAGUGACGUCGUUCCUGAGUCUUCUCAGAGCAAAGGAAGCCAUGCUCCUCUCCACCGACUGAUGACCGCUUUGGAGAAUCUGUGAACAGACGGCAGGCUAAAACGCUUACCAGGAAUGAGCUAUGGUGUCACAGGAGCAAAAUCAUCUUCCUUCGGAAGUCAUCUGUUGGAACAAAUGGACAUUUUAUAUUAAAGGGCAUUGCCAUAUUUUGGAUUCACAAAACCCUGUAAAAUUGUUUGAAAUGUUACUCCUGUAGUUCCUUUUUACCGUGUAGGUCGCGUGCCUGUAGACGCACAUACAAAAGCCACUGCCAUCUAUAUAUAUGAUAGUCUUCGACAAUGUAGAAGUUAGGAGGGAGAAUUGGGCAUUCAGAACAACACUUUCACACGUACCACAUGGCGUUUUGCUUCCUUAGAGUCAUUUCCCCUAAUUCCUUUUACUACUGGAGUCACUGUAACCUGUAGGAUUUAUCAUCACCCCCCAAAAAGAUGACAUUACAUCGAGCUGUUAGACAACCACGUGUGAGGGCAGUUGGUUUGCAUGACAUAUGUAAUCAAAGAGUUUAAGUGUCUGCUUUACCAAUAAAGAAUGUUUUCACUGAAAGUCAUUGAAAAUCCUUUUCAAAAUCUCCUUGAUUUGCAGGUUUAUUUGAGUGACGUAGAUUAAAGCAUGAAUAGCCUUGCCUGUGCUUUAAUUUCCUGUAGUGUAUCUUCUUGAUUGACAGAGAAGAACUGAAUUGUAGCUACGGUAUCUCAAUUUCCCGUUACCGUUUUUGUUUUUAUUCCAUCAAAAUAAAGGUGCGAAAUUUUCUGUA